UUCACUAUUCCUUCUAGUAAACAGGAGCAAGAUAAAAUAGUUCUCAUCACUUCUUUCACUCUAUUUUAGUACUUGUUUUGAAAUUUACUCAUUAUAAUUUUCAUUUAUUACCCUGUUGUUUUCAUUUAAAUUUUUGCUAAUAAAGACAAGAUUAACUAAAUAAAUAAACUUAAUGUUGAAUAAACUCUUUCAAACGCGGAAGGAUACUUUCCGAGUGUUAUUUUCAACAGCGCCACCAUGUAGGUAUGAAUGAAAGAAAGAAAGAGAACUCUGUCUGGGUGACGUUUUCGCGCCAGAUUUUUGUGCGUAGGAAUACAAAAUAAAGGUAUUUUCCCUUACAAACCUUUUGAAAGGGUAAAAGUUUUAUUGGUGUUAGUUAAAUAAAAAAAGAGGUGUUCAAAUAUAUUUAAAAGUACGUGUACGCUUUAUUUGGUGGUUGUAAAUGGGAAAUGUAGGUGAUUAUUUUGCGUGUUGUUUGUGAUGCGUAGUCACGUGAUGUCUGGGAAAUAGCGUGUCUGGGUGUCGAUUACAGUGAAAGCCAAGGAAAACUACGUUUGAUACAGUGAAAGCUAAGGAAAACAACAUUUGAUACUAAUCAAGAAGUUCUCAUCGAAAAAGCUGUGGAAAAGAUGAAGACUUUAGAGGAGGCCUUUCGUGAUAGCACUUUGUCCAGCACUCCGUACUCUGGAGCAUUGAAAGUAAAAGUUUGUGGAGUUGGCCCAGUUAUUGCUUACAGGAAUGCAAAUGGUGAGCAGCGCCAAUCAACAGUUAUAGGAUUUGCGGACAGAACAAUGGCUGUCAAAGGGGUACUCUACGACAGCAGCAAACUUGACGUGGUAAAACUUGGACACACAGUUAUGUUGCUCAAUGUUAUAAUUAAAAAUGAAACUGUCAGGUCUUUGGUGAUUACAAACAGGAGCAAAGUCUUAAAAACUGGACCUCUGGAUGUUCCAGAAUCCCUGGUAACACAGGGGAAGGAAAUUGCAUUUCCACCUCCUGCUGCGGAGGUGAGCAUAAAGACUGCCCAAAGUUCACCAACAAAAACCCUUGUAACCCUCAGGGGACAAGUUGUUUCAGAGGAGAUGCAAAGGUCAGUCCGUGUCAAUGGUGAGGAGACGAGUGUGAGGACUAUAAAAGUGAAAGACAUCACAGGAACAUGCAAGGUGUCAUUAUGGCGUGACUUAACAAAGACGAAGACCUCUGUUGGAAGUCACAUAAUUAUAUCUGAUGUUGUUGUACAGCUGUACAAUGAUGAGAAAUCUGUAUCGUCUACUGUAAGGACAAAAAUUGAGGAAGUAACUGUUCCAGAAGUGUGCAAGACCCUUCAGUUCAUCGCAUAUGAAGAGGAAGAUGGCCAGACUAUCAAACUCACAGCAGAGGAGGAUGGGGAAUACCCAGAAUAUCUAGUUAAGAAGGCCUCCCUGUCUAGUGCUCUGAAGUGCGAAACAAGAGACAUGGAGAACAACUUGAUGAAGAAAUUGCCCGUGUCUGCAGCAAUUACUGUCAAAGAAAACAAAAUUCUGACCAUGACAAUUUAAACUUUUGAUCAGUAAGCAUUUGCUGUGAAUUACUGAUUGCAACAUUAUUUCUUACGGAUGGCUCUAAAGUUUUGUAUUGCACUUGUGCUUCAUUUUUUUUUUUGUUAAUUAAAUCCAAUUUAUGAAUUCUGUACAACUUUUUUUAAAAUCAUCUAUUAUUUAAAUGUUGAUUUCUCCUGAUUUCUUUCCUUGUGUCCUGUAUGUAAUUUUAGAUUUUUUGAAAGAUAAGCAAAAUCUUCAAAUGGACAUCAAACUUUGUAGUAUCAUUGGAUUGGAUUGCAGGGAAACAUUUUUUCACCAUUGGACAUGUAUUUCAUUCAUUGAUUAAAUGGGUUUCUUUUUAUGAUUUAAUGAUUUCAGCUCAUUUUAAACUUCUUGGCUGAUUUUUGGAUUACUCAGUACUGGUUUAGUUCAUUAUUUUGUUUGCAUUUAUUUCUUACUUGUACAGAUGUAUAUAGUUAUUGAAAUAAUAUGACAUUUUGUACUUCAGUAGUUUGAUGGCUACUUUUGUUUUUGAUUGGAUUUCCAUUUUCUGAUUAGUUUUCCAACAUUUAAGAUGACUGCAAUUUGUAAUUUCUUUUCUCAAAUGCACAUGCCAUGUAUGCUAGUUAAUGAUUAGCUUCUUGUUUUUACAUGGAUGCCUGACAUACUUUGAAAUUGUUUUCUUUGUAUGUUUUGAAAGAAAUAUGUGAGGAAAAAAAAAAAAAAACAAUUUCAAAAUUGAAAUUUUGAAUGUUGCUUUAAUUGCACAUCCUUGUGCGGUUACACAUAUUUUUUUUAUUAAGCAGUUGAAUCCCCUGUAUUUUAUUUUUUUUUUUGUUUUCUUGUUUUUCUUGUUUUUUUUUUUUGUUUUUUUUUGUUUGUAAACAGGCCUGCUUAUUGAUACAAACUGAUUUCAUUUUGUGCUUUAUUUGGAAUGUUCAUUAUGUGUGUCUAGUUAGUAUCUUGAUUUCUUGUUAUUGUGUUUUAUGUCUUGAAGUUGGACGACUCUUAGCUUUAAGUCACUUUUGUGUUAUUCCUCUAUUUUUUUUUCCUUUUCUGGAUAGUUUUUCCUGCUAUUUGUAGAUUUCUUCAAAAUGAUCUAUUUUUUGUUAAAAAUGCACAUAUUAAGCAGUGUUUCUGAUUCUACUUAAUUUGCUGAAAUACUCAGACACAGUACAUUGUGUCAUUCUUUGUGAAAGAAUUCUAUGUAGCAGAAUGUUCAGUUUUAUAUGUACAUGUACAUUGUAGUUGUAGUAUUGAUUUGUAGUUGCACACCAGCAUGAAUAGUGAUUAUGUGAAAUAUUUUAAAAACAGCCUUAAUCAUCUUUAUUUCAUGCACGACCAAGCCAUUGCGGAUUGUUUUAAUGCUAGUGAUAUAACUUUCGUGUAUUAAUUUGCUGCAUUUUUACUUUCUUUUUUUGUUCUUUGUAUGUGUUUUUUUUUGUUUGUUUGUUUGUUUUUUUUUUUUUUUUAUUUUUAAUGUCUGUACUUCCUGGUAUUUUGUAUGCCCUUUUUACUUAAUUUUACAUUUUUUACACAUACCAGGUAUAUGCUGAAUGCCAAACUCAUCUCAGGUGCUAAACAGUUACUGUAUUACAUGAUGCCACCAGAUCUUGAUAUAUAUAUAGUUUACUGUAUACUCAAGAUAUACAUUAUACUUUUAAACCUGCUUAUUUGUAACAUUUUAUCUCCAUACAAGUUUUUAUCGUUUUGCAGUAUUUUGUUCUGAAACUUAAGAAAUGUUUGUGAAUUAUCUGACUUUUGUAUUUUAGUGCUUAAUAAAACUUUUUACACUGAAGUCAUGUUUUCUAUAUCUGAACAUGCUGAAAUAGGAGCAAAGCCAAAGUGUUUCUUUACUCAUCUAAAAAUUUCAAGGUUAAUUAAAGGAAUAUUUCAAUACUUAUUACGAAAAGCAGUAAGAAUGUAUAAUUUGGGCUUAAUUGUGCCCUAAAAAUUAAACGUUCUUAAAAAGUUGUGAAGUUGGCUUUACAAAUAGUCAACUAAAUAAGUAUUUUUAAAUAUAUUAAAUUAUUUUAUAUAUUGCAUGUAAUUGAGUUUCACAUUGAAAAUUUUCAGCCCAUGAAAAGCAUUGUCAACUAAGGCGCAAAAGAAACUGACCAUGGUUUCUGAGGAGUGAACAUUUUCAAUGUUACACUCAAUUACAUGUAGUUACACUCAAUUACAUGUAAUAUUUAUUAUAUUAUACGAAUCAGAUUCAAGUACGGGUAAUUUACAUGAAAGUAGAAUAUUAAAAGAAUAUGGUAUGAAGAAAGACCAAAUGAUUCCUGUAUUCUUACUGUAUGGAGGUCUUAUAA